CGGCCAGGGUGGUUGGUGGUGAGGAUUCAGGCUCCGUCCUGACAAGGCCGUGGCCUGAAGCUCAGGGCCCCCAGCCCCUCCCUCCCAGCCCACCAGCGUCCCCCACCCAGCCCCGAGCUGGACCGCACACCUUGGGACACGGUUUUCCACUUCCUAAGGACGAGUCCCAGACUGGAGGAGAGGUCCGAGGAGGUGGGCGUUGGACUCUUCGCGAGGACCCCGGCGGCGGGCCCCGGGGAGGCGGCCGAAGCGGCGGCGGCCGGGGGCGACAUGGCGGAGGAGCAGGACCUGUCCGAGGUGGAGCUGAGCCCCGUGGGCUCCGAGGAGCCGCGCUGCCUGUCCCCGGGGAGCGCGCCCUCUCUGGGGCCCGACGGCGGCGGUGGAGGCGGCGGAGCGGGCCUGCGAGCCAGCCCGGGGCCCGGCGAGCUGGGCAAGGUCAAGAAGGAGCAGCAGGACGGCGAGGCGGACGAUGACAAGUUCCCCGUGUGCAUCCGCGAGGCCGUCAGCCAGGUGCUCAGCGGCUACGACUGGACGCUGGUGCCCAUGCCCGUGCGCGUCAACGGCGCCAGCAAGAGCAAACCGCACGUCAAGCGGCCCAUGAACGCCUUCAUGGUGUGGGCGCAGGCAGCGCGCAGGAAGCUGGCGGACCAGUACCCGCACCUGCAUAACGCCGAGCUCAGCAAGACGCUGGGCAAGCUCUGGAGGCUGCUGAACGAGAGUGACAAGCGCCCCUUCAUUGAGGAGGCCGAGCGGCUCCGGAUGCAGCACAAGAAGGAUCACCCAGAUUACAAGUACCAGCCGCGGAGGCGGAAGAAUGGGAAGGCGGCCCAGGGAGAGUCAGAGUGCCCGGGCGGGGAGGCCGAGCAGGGCAGUGCUGCAGCCAUCCAGGCCCACUACAAGAGCGCCCACCUGGACCACCGGCACCCGGGCGAGGGCUCCCCGAUGUCAGAUGGAAACCCUGAGCACCCCUCGGGCCAGAGCCAUGGCCCGCCCACCCCUCCAACCACCCCAAAGACAGAGCUGCAGUCGGGCAAGGCAGACCCCAAGCGGGAUGGGCGCUCCAUGGGGGAGGGCGGGAAGCCUCACAUCGACUUCGGCAACGUGGACAUCGGUGAGAUCAGCCACGAGGUAAUGUCCAACAUGGAGACCUUUGAUGUGGCUGAGUUGGACCAGUACCUGCCGCCCAACGGGCACCCGGGCCAUGUGGGCAGCUACUCGGCAGCUGGCUAUGGGCUGGGCAGCGCCCUGGCUGUGGCCAGUGGACACUCUGCCUGGAUCUCCAAGCCUCCAGGUGUGGCUCUGCCCACGGUCUCGCCACCUGGUGUGGAUGCCAAAGCCCAGGUGAAGACGGAGACCGCGGGGCCCCAGGGGCCCCCGCACUACACUGACCAGCCGUCCACCUCGCAGAUCGCCUACACCUCCCUCAGUCUGCCCCACUAUGGCUCCGCCUUCCCCUCCAUCUCCCGCCCCCAGUUUGACUACUCUGACCAUCAGCCCUCAGGACCCUAUUAUGGCCAUUCAGGCCAGACCUCUGGCCUCUACUCGGCCUUCUCCUACAUGGGGCCCUCACAGCGGCCCCUCUACACGGCCAUCUCUGACCCCAGCCCCUCAGGGCCCCAGUCCCACAGCCCCACACACUGGGAGCAGCCAGUAUAUACGACGCUGUCCCGGCCUUAA